CUUUUUUCCAUCUAUGGGAGUAUGAUAGUCAGAACAUCUACAGUAAAGUGGCUUUAUUGUACAUGUGUGGAGUUGGUGAACCUGGAUUUAAUAGACUAUGGGCUGUGAGUGGAGGAUGAUGUCUGCAGGCCUCUGUUUGCUGACAAGUUUGAUUCUGACUGUAGAUUUAACUUUGGGUUUUGGGCCAAACAAAGACAUGCAGUUCACAUUUCUAUUAUCUGCUGGCAGCACAGAGUGUUUUUACCAAACAACGGCAAGGAGCGACAGCAUGGAAGUUGGAUACCAGGUGAUAGCCGGGUCAGGGCUGGAUGUCGGCUUUGCCCUCAUCUCCCCCACCGGAUACCGGCUGGUGUCUGACUUCAGGAGGUCUGAUGGCAUUCACAUGGUGGAUUCCACAGAGGAUGGAGACUACCGGUUGUGUUUCGACAACAGCUUCAGUAAACUCUCAGAGAAGAUGGUGUUCUUUGAGGUGAACAUUAACAGUGAGAGCAGUUCAGUUGGAGGCUCAAAUGAGUGGGAGAACAUGGCCAUAACAGAGAGCAUGGGGGAGUACAACAUGGAGGACAUCAGGGCUCAGAUGGACUCUGUGUACCAGCACCUGGAGAGGAGCCGUCAGAUCCUGGCUGUGCUGCGGGCCCUAGAGGCGAGGGACCGCUACCUGCUGGAGGACAACCUGUGGAGGGUGUCCUUCUGGUCCUGCCUCAGCCUGCUGGUCAUGCUCUUUGUCGCUGUCACUCAGAUUUACACCCUGAAACGCCUGUUUGCUGACACCAAGCGGGUGUGCACAUAGCCGCAACAAAGCUGAGGCUCACAGUGCAAAGUUUGACCCCAAGACCUUAUCUGACAUGAGCUGAAUUUAAAGGGAGGGUACACGCGUUUGGGAAACUGCUUCAUCAUUGAUGUUUUGUGAAACUCUGAAUUCCAGUCACAAGGAAACACACUUAUAGUACUGUAAUAUUCAAACAGAAACACAAAGGCAUACGUAUACCUACAUAAAAGAAACAUAAAUACACAAACACACAGAUACUUGUCAUUGGUGAGCUAGAAAACACUGUUCUCACUAUAUGGUAGUUUUAUUGAAUUUCAGAAUACAAUUCACAUGGACAUGUAAUACUCUAAUCUGUUUUAUUGUACAAACAAAAUAACAGUAGAAACCUCAACUACUAUGUGUAGCCUACAUUUUCUUUCUCAGGCCUAUAUAUAACAUCUUUACUAUGAUACUGUGAUAAAAAGCAAUGCACACAUUCAAAAGAAGCAGUCAAUCUCCCUGAUCAGUUCCUCCAUCUGGAGGUAAAAUAUUUAUGCCAUGUCGAUUGUGAGAUAACUGAGGAAAACAUUUAUUUCCUUGCUAUCAUUUGGAUGCAUUGGAGUCAUUUGGUUGCAAUUACACUGACUUGUGCCUUUCAAUCACUAUAUUACACACUGUGUUGAUACUUCUUGGGACUGCUCAGCUUCAUUUUUAACAUUUCCUGUCAUAAAACAUUCACUGGUCUCGCUCAACCACUUGAAAUGCAUUUUAUUUUGUGUUAACAAAACAAACAUGAUACAAUAAAAGAAAAAUGUCUUUGUGGCUUGGAACUAAAUAUGGUAAUUUAUAGUGUUCUGUUUAUGCUGUAGGCCUCAAGUUACAAUUUAUGUUCAAAUAAAUAAUUGGCAGUCUUCUGGGAGAUAGGUAACCAAAAAUAUCUGUUUAGAUUUGUGUUAUAUUAGAUUUGACACUCUUAUCACCUGGCUCUGAACAUCAGUUUAGUGCUCAGAACUAUUUUAGACAUUUCUUGAAUACUAAUUAUAAAUGUAUGUCUCCUAAGAUUAUUUAUUUAGACCCUUAACAGCUUUGUCUGGGCUUUUCUUUUUAUGUUAGUUGAAAAUUAGAUAUGUAGUUCUUCUGUAGUGCUGCUGUUGUCAUGGCGGUCAUUUCAUUUCCACCUCUGGCCAGGCCAUGUCACCACUGGUUUCGACGGGGAGCCGGG